AUGAGAUGGGACGACUUAGAUAGGAAGACCGACGGCGCCGGCGAAGGCGCUUACCCCUUCGGGGUCCAUGAGGCCGGCUUGCCGCAGGGCCUCCUCCGUACAUUCUCGAAUCGGGCUGGCCCGGCCGGCACCGUGACCGUCCCCUCCGCCGGCGUCUGCCUCCGUUUCGCCUCCCUCACCCAGCGAGGACAAUACCCGGACUCCCUAGACCGCGCGAAGCAGGACAGCUUCUGCGUCCGGACCAACUUCCAGGCCAACCCCGACCUCCACUUCUUCGGCGUCUUUGACGGCCACGGCCAGUUCGGUGGUCAGUGCGCCGAGUUCGUCCGCGACAAGCUCACGGAAUUAUUGGCCGGCGAUGCUCGUCUGCACGAUGACCCCGUGAAAGCCUUCCAUUCUGCUUUCGUCGCCACCAAUUCCGCGCUCCACGAUAGCGAGAUCGACAAUUCGAUGAGCGGCACAACUGCGAUCGCAGUCCUCGUCAGCGGUGAUACUCUCUAUGUUGCAAAUGUAGGGGAUUCGAGGGCGGUGGCCGGAGUUUGGAGUGGGGGUUGCGAGGUGGCCGAGGAGUUGUCCUGUGACCAGACGCCAUACCGGAAGGAUGAGUAUCAGAGGGUGAAGGGGUGCGGUGCAAGAGUGUUGUGUGUUGAUCAAGUGGAGGGGAUGAUGGAUCCUGACAUCCAGAGCUGGGGCGAUGAGGAGGACGGGAAUGGGGAUCCACCAAGGCUGUGGGUGCAGAACGGCAUGUAUCCGGGCACAGCAUUCACUAGAAGCAUUGGAGACCUAACGGCUGAGAGCAUCGGGGUGAUUGCCAUUCCAGAGGUGAAGAUUGUGAAGAUUACACCAAACCAUCUCUUCUUUGUUGUGGCAAGUGAUGGCAUUUUUGAGUUCCUAUCGAGUCAAGUGGUGGUCGAUAUGGUGUCUAGAUUUCCUGAUCCUCAGGUUGCCUUUUCAGCAAUUACUGCUGAAUCUUACAAACUUUGGUUAGAGCAUGAAAACCGUACAGAUGAUAUAACAGUUAUUAUUGUGCAUAUCAAAGAUAUGGAAGAUUCGGACUCCCUAGCAACCCUGAAAACCAUUCAAACCAGUAGCAAUGCUGUAAGUUCAGAGGUAGUGAAUGUUGAUAGGCACACAAUUUCUUCGCCCAGUAACAAUAUAGAAAAAGGCAGCUCAGACUUGAAGUCGCACCCUCUUGGAUCGACAGUAAAUCCAUGCCAUGCACAUUUUGUAACUUCACCCACUCACUCUGUCCAUUUAAAUGUGAUUAUUAAUCCAGAUUGACUGAAGCUACACGAUACACAUUUAAUUCAUCUGACCUCUACAUUGCUGGUAUUAUUUGGAAGCACUACCAUUGUUGUGAAGAAAUUUCUCUAUGUUUAGCUCCUCUAAGCCGCUAUACUGGUCAGCAAAAACCAUUUUGUACAUGGAACUUUGUGAUGUCUUCCAUACCACACAAGCGAAGGUGGCAGCGACACUUCAAGCAAUAAAACACUCCCAGACCUCUUCAAGAUUGGCAUCCUUGAUGACCGACUAAUUCUGUUGCAUUUAGGAUCCGCGAGAAGAAUGCUUACAACUGUUCAAGUGACGACUCUUGAAGCUUGGUGCAACUCAGAAUUUAAGCUGGUUGUCGUAUAAGAAUUGUAGUAGCCCGAGUGGACCAAUUGCUGAAGAAGUUUUUUUUUUCUUUUCUUUUCAUAUUAACGUGGUCUUUGUUCAUGAAUUCUGCGUGAAAUGAUAAGUUCUAUAAAAUUAAAAUUUAAUGUGUAAUGUACAUUAUACAGUUGUUGGAAUAUCAUUAUUAAUGUGUAAUGAUGCUUUUAAUCUUCAUAAGUACCUGCUAAA